AUGCCUGAGAGAGAUGUUGUUUCUUGGAGUAUUUUGAUUGGUGGGUAUGCACAAAGAGGGUUUUGUGAAGAUGCCAUAAGGGUUUUUAAAGAAAUGGUGAAAACUAAAGAAGCUGAGCCUAAUGAGGCCACAAUUGUGAAUGCAUUAUCAGCAUGUUCAUUGAUUAGUUCUUUGAGUUUGGGCCAAGUAGUGCAUGACUACAUCAACAAUAGAGCUGACCUUUUGGUGAGCAAUGUUGUGAUGAAUUCUUUGUCCAAUAUGUAUGUCAAAUGUGGAGAAAUUCGCACAGCAAUUCAGGUCUUUAAUAAGGUUAAGUACAAAGAUGCCAUCUCAUGGACCACUAUUAUUAAUGGCUUGGCCUUGAAUGGUCUUGGCAAACAAGCUUUGCAACUCUUCUCUUUAAUGCAUGUCAAUGGGGUCCCUCCUGAUGAUGUAACUUUCAUUGGAGUUUUAUCUGCAUGUAGCCACGGAGGUCUUGUGGCUAAAGGGGUGAUGGUUUUCGAGGCCAUGUGGAGAGUUCACAGAAUUGUGCCAAAAAUGGAGCAUUGUGCAUGCAUGGUUGACAUGUAUGGGAGAGCAGGGCUUGUGGAGGAAGCUGAGGCUUUUAUUAGGGAGAUGUGUAUGGAUGGAGAGGAUAGGGAAGAGGGAUUCAUGUGGGGGGCUUUGUUGAAUGCUUGUAGAAAUCAUGGAAACGGGGAGAUGUUUGAAAGGAUUAAGCAAAAGAUUGUUGGGAAUGUGAGAGGAGUUAGUGUUGGAACUUUUGCAUUGUUGUCAAACACUUAUGUGGGUUUUGAUAGGUGGGAUGAGGCUAAUAAGGUUAGAGAUGAGAUGAGAUUCAUGGGAUUGAAGAAGAAGGCUGGUUGUAGUUGGAUUGAAGUGAAUCAAUCAAUCUCUUGA